GCUUCUCAGUUAUUUGUCUGACAAUGGCCUAUGUUUUAUGUAAGCCAAUUGUUGAAGAUCAAGAAACACAUACAAAACAACAUGAAAAAAUUUUACAUCGUGCAAAACGUUGGGAAGAUUUUCCAAAUUUAACAUUUACAUUCGAUUGUUCAGAUCGAUCUGUUGGAUUUUAUGCUGAUACUGAACAUCAUUGUCAAAUAUUCCAUAUGUGUGAUGAAGAUGGUCGAAGAAUUCCAUAUAUUUGUGCCAAUGAGACAUCAUUUAAUCAAGAAUUUCGUAUUUGUGAUUGGGAGUAUAAUUUUGAUUGUGCAGACGCUACUAAAUGGUACUACUUAAAUGAUUUAACAUACGUAACGGAUCCACCAAAAGAAAAUAAUCUUUAG